AUGAAAGAUCUCACACAGGGGAGAAGCCAUAUUCCUGUCCUGAGUGUGGGAAAUGUUUCCCCUAUAAAUCAAAUCUUAAUGUGCAUAAAAGUACUCACACAGGGGAGAAGCCGUAUUCCUGUCCUGAGUGUGGGAAAUGUUUUGCACAAAAAAUCAGACCUUGUCAAACAUGAAAGGUCUCACACAGGUGAGAAGCCGCAUUCCUGUCCUGAGUGCGGGAAAUGUUUUUCACAGAAGUCCAAUCUUUACAAACAUCAGAGAUCUCACACAGGGGAGAAGAAGCCAUAUUCCUGUUCUGAGUGUGGGAAAAGUUUUUCACAGAAGUCCAGUCCUUACACACAUCAGAGAUCUCACACGGUGGAAAAGCCGUAUUCCUAUCCUGAGUGUGGGAAAUGUUUUUCACUGAAGUCCGAUUAUUAUAUACAUCAGAGAACUCACACGGGGGAGAAGCCAUAUUCCUGUCCUGAGUGCCGGAAACGUUUUUCAGAUACGUCCAGUCUUCAUAGACACAAGAGAUCUCACAUGAGGGAGAAGCCGUAUUCCUGUCCUCAGUGCGGGAAAUGUUUUUCACAGAAGACUAAUCUUCGCAGACAUCAGAGAUCUCACACUGGGGAGAAGCCGUAUUCCUGUCCUGAAUGCGGGAAAUGUUUUUCACAGAAGUCCAAUCUUUACAAACGACAGAGAUCUCACACAGGGGAGAAGCCGUAUUCUUGUCCUAAGUGA